AUGAAAUACGCCUCGACGACACGCUUGGUCGGACCUGUUGCGUCGCAUGCUGCAGCCUUGCGUGUGGUGUCAGUGGGCACUGGAGCGGCCAUGCGCAUCCGGACGCCAUGGUUUGAAGUCAGGAUCGUUUUCACAAACUUGUCUGCAUCUGCAUGUCAAGAAAUGGGUGUGGAAGAAGGCACUUUUGCCAAAGACCAAUCAAGAGACGUAUUGAAGCGUUUGGGCGGUGCCCUUUCCGUCGAAGGUCCCGGCAGCCCUCUCACUGCCACCAUCUCCUUGCCAUUGACUGUCGAAUCCAAUGAGUCGGAAGAGGCACCAACUCCCGGGGCCUUGUCUCAGACUGCGGAGGAGCCCUGUGGCCUAACCCCUGCGUCGCUGAAGCAUCUGAAGCGCCAGCGCGACGUGUUGAGCGAAGAGAAGGCACGACUUCAGUCAGAGUUUAUCGAGGUGGUGAAGCAGCUGAAGGAGCUGAAGCAGCAGCUGCCUCAGCUAAAGCAACAAGUGGAGGAAGCGCUGGAGGAAAAGCAACGGCUGGAGACCAAGCUGGCUGACAUGGAAAAGCGUGCUGAAGAGGCUGAGAAGAAGAAUCAGGAGUUGGAGGCCAUGGUGCUGCAGCGCGACGCCGAGAUCGAUCGCCUCAAAAAGGCUUUGGCAGAGCAACGGCAGCUCACGGAGGAGGUGUGCCAGGCAGCAGCGCGAAAGAAUGAAGAAAUGGAAAAAGAGAAGCAGAAGGCUCUCCAGGAGCUGCGGGACAUGGUGGAGCGCGUGAAGGCCGAGAACGAGCAACUACGAAGGGAGCAGCUGGCGCAAGCUCAACAGCACGAGGAGAUGAAACGGAAUGUGGUGGUAGCCAUGGCCGCAGCGGAGAAGGCGAUGCAGAUGCACCAGCAGCACAGCACUCAGCUGGAAGUGCUCCGGGCGGCGAAAUUAGCGGAGGCCAUCAAUCAGAAGGUCGAACUACAUAUCGCAGUGCCCAAAGUGACUCUGACCUACAACAACGCGCCACCUUUGUUGAUCAGUGUAGCUGCAGCCCUGGGCGAAGAUCGCCUGCACAACUUUUUAGAUAAGGAGGUGUUUUCUCACUUCGAUCCCUUGUGGGUGCGCUUGGAUGGCUUGGAUCAUGCGCCGGACGGCUCUUCGAAGAAGGCCUACUCCUCGCGGAUGCUGGACAGGCUCACGCAGGCGGUGAAGACUUUCCUGGCGCGCUCGCAAGGUGAAUCUGAGGGCACAGAGAAGGACGGUGGACAAGGAUGCAUUGGUGGUCACAAUGUGAGACGUCCCCCGCACCCUUGCGCCAGCGCGAUGAUCAUCCAUUUUAGGACUGACAAUGCUCGGUCUAUCCAAGCGCUGAAAGCUCCCAGAAGCAUUGUCGAACAGCACAGAAGGCCAAUCAGCCCUUUGCAGUUGUGUUUGAUCGUGGUGAUCUGCCUGGAUUCGGUCGUCUUUGGACUUUUCCAUGUUCCCAUGCUGGAGGAGAUGCUUUGGCAGAUCUUGGUCACAACAAUCUUUGGCCUGACUGUAGUUCUAAUGAUCAGCGCUGGUGUGCAUGUUGCCAUCACCGAUCCCUCCCAUCCGGAUGUUCCAUGGAAGAAUGGUAAGCUGACGGAGGCGGGCUCCUUCGAUGCUGUCGGCUCCAACUCGCUGGUGUGUUGGACGUGCCGGGUGCGUCAGGAGUGGCGAACUGAGCACUGUAACACCUGCAACAGGUGUGUAUCGAAGUUCGACCAUCAUUGCAUUUGGCUGAACAAUUGUGUUGGUCAACGAAAUUAUCAUAGCUUCUGGAUUGCCAUGGUCUCCGCUACCAUGAUGUUAGCUACCUUCAUCCUCACGGGCCUCUUCCAGCUGGUGAAGUUGUGCUCCAUGAGCGAGGCAGACACCAAGGACUUUCUCGACGAGGCCUUUGAAUUUCCCGUAGUAAAGGAUAGUGUGAUGAUAGUCAUGUCAAUCGUGCAGAUCGUGAACCUUCCGUUGCUGCUGCUGGUGGGAACGCUGCUCAUUUUCCACAUUUGCAUCGUGCGGAGGGAUCUCACGACCUUGGAAUAUAUCUUGGCCCACAUCUCCUAUGAUCGGGCCAUGGAGGCUGAGUCGGAUGCGCCCACCUUACAGGAUGGAUCGCGCUUUUCUCCACUGCCGCGUUGUGUGGAUUGGGUGGUUUACCGCCCGCGCCGCUCAAAGAAACUCAAGGUGGUUCCACAACCGGCUGAAGCGGCUGAAGCGGCAGAAGUCGCUAAGGAUCAGUUUGAGGAUGGUGUGAAGACAUCCGUCCCAAGCCAGGCGGCCACAGACUCAGAGUCUGUGACCCGCGCCCAAGCUUCACCCGGUGGCCAGGCAGCCGGCGGUGGGGACAGUGACAUCCUGGCAUGA